GACUGGCUUAGUGCUAUCACGUGAGGAGCUUUCCGCUUUGGGUUUCUUUUUAAUAAGGCGCAGGCGCAGUUCGCUACUGCUGCGGGAAUCUCCCCAACUCUUCCGGUUGGUUCGGCCAAUUGGAGCACAGAGAAGCGGGUGGCUCCGGCGCACCGGAGGGAGUUCUCUGGGCCGCUGCCGCAGCCGUACAGCCGCGGCAGGGGCUGUCGGGCUCGGUUGCAAACAUGGCUCAAAGCAGAGACGGCGGGAACCCAUUCCCCGACUCCGGCGAGCUUGACAACCCCUUUCAGGACCCAACUGUGAUCCAGCACCGACCCAGCCAGCAGUACGCUACGCUUGAGGUCUACAACCCCUUUGAGAACCGAGAGCCUCCCCCAGCCUAUACGCCUCCCACCCCAGCCCCAGCGACAUUGCCGCCACCCUCAGCUCCCACUGUUCAGUCCUCAAGAAAGCUCAGCCCUGCAGAGCCCAAGAACUAUGGCUCCUACAGCACUCAGGCUUCAGCCGCAGCAGCCACCGCUGAGCUGCUAAAGAAGCAGGAGGAGCUCAACCGGAAGGCAGAAGAGUUGGACCGCCGGGAACGAGAGCUGCAGCAUGUUGCCCUGGGUGGCACAGGCACUAGACAGAACAACUGGCCUCCCCUACCGUCUUUCUGCCCAGUGCAGCCUUGCUUUUUCCAGGACAUCUCCAUGGAGAUUCCCCAAGAAUUUCAGAAGACAGUGUCCACCAUGUACUACCUCUGGAUGUGCAGCACUGUGGCUCUUCUCCUGAACUUCCUCGCCUGCCUGGCCAGGUUCUGUGUGGACACCAGCAGUGGCUCAGGCUUUGGGCUGUCUCUGCUCUGGCUCCUCCUUUUCACCCCCUGCUCCUUUGUUUGCUGGUACCGCCCGAUGUAUAAGGCUUUCCGGAGUGAUAGUUCAUUCAAUUUCUUCGUUUUUUUCUUCAUUUUCUUCGUCCAGGAUGUGUUCUUUGUCCUCCAGGCCAUUGGCAUCCCAGGGUGGGGCUUCAGAUCCACUCCUUGUAUCGCCGAACAGGUGCCAGCUUUCAGAAGGCCCAGCAAGAAUUUGCAGCUGGUGUGUUCUCUAACCCUGCAGUUCGAACUGCUGCCGCCAGUGCAGCUGCAGGGGCUGCUGAAAAUGCCUUCAGGGCCCCAUGACCCCUACUGGGAUGCUCUGGCCCUGCCACCGUGGGAACUAAGGUCCCUGUCCCUGAAGUCUCUGGGAUUCAGGGAGGCACCACUGCUUGGUGACUCUUACGGGACCCUUAAUUCCACAGCCAUGACUCUAAACCUGACUUGGAGGUGUGGGAAGCCCACUGGGACUCAGUCAUUACUUGCCUUUAUCUCCCAUUUGGCCACACUGCUACCACCGCUCACAUACCCCAAACCCAGUUUUCCUCUGCUGUGCCAAGGAUGUCUUCUUCUGUUAUUUAAAUUAAAAAAAAAAAAAAAGUGUGACUGAAACUCACCCAUUUCCUGGAGAUUAUGCCAUUUGAAAGAGUGUGGAGUGGUGUACUGGAGUGGAGGCACUGCAAAGUACAUUGCCAGAGAAGUUGAUCAUGGCAAACUGGGCAGGGCGGGGCAGGGUGAUAGGCCUGGAGACAUCAGGAAGCCCCAGCCCCUUUCCAUUAUUGAUGGGCAGCCACUUCUGCUGAGAACUCUCAUCCCAGGAACCUGAGGCAUUGGGAAGGGCAGAAAAUGGGCACAGAAAUUUAACUGGCCAGGCUUGUGGGCAAGGCUAGAGAUAGAGGAAGGCCUCUCCCAUCUCCUCCCAUCCCCAGAGUUGCUUUCGGACUACAGCUCCCGGGAUGCAUUGCAACACCCACCACACCCCUCCGCACUACGCACCAUGCCCCAUCCUCCACCUCCACAGCCUGACCUGCUGCAGCUGGAAGAGCUAAGGAAGCAGAGCAUGGUGGGGAGGGGAGCGGGUCCGCGACCCUGGAGACAGUUUCCGCAGCCUCUCCCCACCAGGCGUCCCUGGAUUGCCAAAUGCACCUCUAGUCCCUGCAUGCAGACCUUAACCCUCUUUUGUAGACUUCUUUGCAUCCCUCUCGCUUUUGCCCUCCCCACCCUUCCCUAGUCUCCGGAACGCUACUCUCUCUUCCGUCUGGGAUCAGCCCUUCUCUGCACCCCUCUUCAUUAAGGAAAUGCAAUGAGCUGGUGCCCUCGCGUCCUCAUCGCUGCCCCGGGCACGGUACCCAUU